AUGACGGACAAAGAAAACGGACAGGUUGCAUCGAAGGACUUGGGGAGAGCAACAGCAACCGAUUUUUCGACAACUGACAGCGAUGCGAACCAUGAACUUCAUUUUGUCAGACGCGGUGAAGCCCUUGUGGAAGCCUCAUCGAGCCAGGAAAGUAUCGAUGGCUAUGAUCCGGAUCUUAUGAGUGGCAGGACUCUCCUCACAGCAGAGGAGGAGAAGAAGCUACUACGCAAGAUUGACUGGAGGUUGAUGACGCUUUGCUCACUUAUUUUCAUGUUCAAGAACCUUGAUAGCAACAAUGCAUCAAAUGCUCGAAUCAUGAACAAGGGAACGAAUCAAAAUAUUAUGACACAACUCGGAAUCACAUCCAACGAGUACAAUCUUGUGACAGUCCUUUACUAUGUCCCAUACAUUGUGCUAGAAGCACCCUCAAAUCUUUUGUUGAAGAGGUUCUCCCCUUCAAAAUGGCAGUCAAGAAUCAUGAUCACUUGGGGUGCUGUUCUUAUGUGUAAUGCGGCCGUAAAGAAUAAAGGCGGUUUGUUUACAACACGAUUCUUGCUAGGCGUUGCAGAGGCUGGACAGUUCCCUGGUGUCAUCCUUCAGAUGACCUACUGGUACCGCCCGGACGAGAUGUCUUUACGACUGCUAUAUUUCUAUAUUUGUGGAAACGUCUCUGGUAUAUUUGGCGGCCUUCUUGCCUUUGCGUUUGACACUGUGUCCGGUGCUGGAGGUCUUUCUGGAUGGCAAUGGCUGUUUCUCACUGAAGGCAUUGCGACCGUGAUAUUUGGUGUGGUCAUCUGGUUCCUGCUCCCUGACUUCCCCGAGACGGCAAAGUGGUUGACUGAGAGAGAGAAGAAAUUCAUUCAAGCUCGAUUGCCAUCAAACGCUCCUCGAGCCAGCGAGAAGAACUUCCAAAUGCGUGAAGUCAUUGCAUCACUAAAAGACAUCCGGCUGUGGCUAUUUACGUUUAUUUGGGCUACCUUUACUGUGGGCACCAACGGUGUCACUUUCUACCAGUCCACAGUCAUUGCCAACCUCGGUUUUACGAGCAUCGCUGCUGCCCAACUUCUCAAUAUCCCCAUCACAGUCUGCGGUCUCUUGUUCAUUGCCGCUACUGGUAUUACCGCGGAUCGUAGCCGGAUACCGCGACCGCUCUAUCCGCUAUUCUUCCUUAUCGUAAUCAUCAGUUGUUAUGGCGUAUUUGUUGCCUAUCCAAGCAAUGGCGCAGUAUAUGCCGUGACUUUAAUUGGAAAUGCCUUAACGGCUGGAUGGUAUCCCGUCAUGUGGCCAUGGAGGGUACAAACAACAUCUAGGGCUACAGGAUCCGCCUUCUCUAUUGGCUUUGUUAAUAGCUAUGGUCAAAUUGGGGGUGCUAUUGGCCCUCAACUGUUUAGAAGCCAGUAUGCGCCGCACUACACGGUACCCUUUUCGGUGGCAAUGGGCCUUGUCGGUCUCUGCGCAAUCUUGACAUUGGUGACUUGGUGGGUGACUUGGGAUACAGAGCGUGACACAAGGCGACUGAAGCUGGCCAAGAUCGCCGCGGAGAAGAGGGGUGAAACAAUUUUGGAGGAUGUCGUAGACAAGGACUUGAAAGGUCAUUAA